AUAAAGCUCCAAGCCCCAAGAAAGAAAAAAAACCAGAAGAAAAAAACCCCACAGCAUAGACGAGUAGCCCUCACCCUUUUUAGGACAGGAUCCAAUGCUUUUGCCCACCAUUGCCCCCUCUCUCUCCUCUCACUCUCUCUCCUUUUACUCUUCCCCUGGUCUCCUCUCUCUUCCAAAACAAUCAAUAAACUAGCAGAAGUCAGCGCGUCCCCCUUAUCUCCUCCCCUCUCCUCCAAAGCCAAGAACCCAGCCACUCCGCGUCGCGUCUCUUCUACAGUCCGGUUGCUGCCAAUGGAGGAGGAGCACUGCUUCAACAACUGGGAUCUGGACGCCGUCGUGCGCCUAGCCUGCCGCCGCCGCCUCUCCCCGCCACAGCAGGCCAACGACCCCUUCGCCUCGUUCCCGCCUCCUCCGCCGCCGCAGCAGGGGACGCCUGUUGCUCCGAAGACGGCGCCGGAGCCUGCCAAGGAGCGGGAGGCAGAUGCUGGGUGGCGCUUUCCGGACCUCUGUGGCGGCGACGGGCAAGACGGCGACGAGCUCCUCAGGGCCUUGUUAGCCGCCCAUCCUCCCCUGCUGCCUCCUCUGCCAACGCCGCCGACUCUGACUCCGCCUUCACCACCCCAGCAACAGCAGCGGCCGGUGGUGACACCGGCGGACGUGGCCAUCCAGGCGCGCGCCGCUCCAGCGAGGGCGCAGCCGAGCGGGCGGCAGGUGCCGGGCGGCGUGCCAAGAUCCAAGAGAAGGAAGAACCAGGUGAAGAAGGUGGUGUGCCACGUUCCGGCAGACGGCUCGUCCUCCGACGUGUGGGCAUGGCGCAAGUACGGUCAGAAGCCCAUCAAGGGCUCCCCCUACCCAAGGGGAUACUACCGGUGCAGCAGCUCCAAGGGGUGCGCGGCGCGGAAGCAGGUGGAGCGCAGCCGCACCGACCCCAACACCUUCAUCCUCACCUACACCAACGAGCACAACCACGCGGCGCCCACCCACCGCAACUCGCUCGCCGGCACCACCCGCCACAAGUUCCCCUCCUCAGCGUCGCCGCAGCAGCCGCCGCCGUCCGUGGUGGUGGCCGGUCCCGGCGAGGCGCAGCACCAGCAGCAUCCGAGCCCGAGCCCGACGUUCACGUCGACCGCAGGGCUCUCGCCCACGACGCCGCUGCGCUCGCCGUCCAUGGAGGAGGACGAGGACGAGGAGGACGAACUGCUCGUGGAGGACAUGGAGAUGGCCGGCGAGGACGAGCUCCUGUUCCUCAACGGAGACGCCGGCGACGCCGCUGCACAACUGGAGCCGAUGUCCUCUCUCUUCGAAGCCGUCGACGAGCCCUUCCUGAGCUCCCCGUGGACCAUGGCCACCGCCGGCGAGCCGGCCGCAGGAGCAGCCGGCGCCGGGAGUUGACUAAGACCAUGACGUGCCGUUCUUGUAGAUGAAAUCAAGGGAAAGGAAGAGAGGAGAAGAGAGCAUCGGAUCCACCAUUCUAAUCGACCACUAGCAGCAUCAUAAUACUAGUACUAGUUUUAGCAUCGGCAGUCCAGUCCAGUACAGAGCUUGAUCCAUCGUCAAUCCUCUAGCAGUUCUUCACUGAUCACAACAUCUUUGCAUUUUUUUUCCUGCUCUUUUUUUAGGCAUGGUUGGGACUUUGCAUCUCUUUUCCUUAGGUGUCUGCUUUUUUUUUUUUUGCAUUUGUAAAUAGAAAGUAGUUGAUGAUGAACCAACAAAAAGGAGAGAAAAUAAAGGGAGAAAAGAAAAAAAGAGGAUGGUGUGCUUGUGUGGCUCUUCUUGUUUCUUCCUUUCUCUGCUCAACAACUUUGCUUCAUGCAUGUAGCUUCUCCUGUGCUGUGUAAGCUUGAAGAGAACCCUUUAAUGACAAUUUUUACCUUUUCUUCUCA